AUGUCGGAUUUCGAGAACGGUCUCAUCGCGAUACGUACGACCGUUCAGUUUAUGUCUCGGAUAGCCCACGUCGAGCUCCUGCAGGUCGCUGACAAAGACGAUCUUCAAAAUGAUUACUUCACUGACGACGAAAUUAGCAGAGCUGAGGCGGUGUUCGAGGAUUCGCAAGAUUUCCUCGCAGGCCUACUCAAUAAACAGAAGCUACGUACUCCAUCUGACACUAAUCAGAGUUCUAUCAGCGUCCACCACCCGUCUGGUCACGGGUCAUCAGCCUUCACACUACCAAGGAUCACCAUUCCAGUUUUCAAGGGCAAAAUGACCAAGUGGGAGAGCUUCCGAGACACCUUCCAGGCCUUAGUCGGCGCCAACAAAACUCUCUCGAACGCGCAGAAGCUACAUUAUUUGUAG